AUGGUCCUUAAAGGUGAAAGUCGAAAUAUUUCCCUAACAAUGGAAUACUACGAGGAACAUAAGGAUAUGGUGGUGCUCCUUGAAAUUGUAUUCUUACAUAAUUCAGCAACAAUGUCAAACUCCCCACUCAUUCCAACUGAACAAUUCGCCGUACUCUGGGUCCUUUUUACUGUCAUUGUGCUCGGCAAUUCCGCCGUCCUAGUCACACUGUUCAUGAACAAGAAUCGUAAAUCGCGAAUGAAUUUCUUUAUAAAACAGCUUGCCAUCGCCGAUCUGUUCGUCGGGCUGCUGAACGUCCUUACGGACAUUAUAUGGCGAAUAACAGUGUCCUGGCGAGCGGGAAACUCGGCCUGCAAAAUAAUACGCUUUCUUCAAGUAUGUGUUACAUACGCUUCCACAUAUGUCCUAGUCGCAUUAAGUAUAGACCGUUACGAUGCUAUAACGCAUCCAAUGAACUUUUCAGGAUCAUGGCAACGAGCAAGACGAUUAGUAGCCUGUGCCUGGGUGGUAAGUGCUGUAUUCUCAGCUCCAAUGCUUUUCCUUUACGAAGAGAAAAUCAUUGAGGGCCAGACUCAGUGUUGGAUCGAUUUAGGAAAACCGUGGCGGUGGCAACUGUAUAUGAGUCUCGUGUCGGCUACAUUGUUCGCUUUUCCGGCUCUCAUAAUAUCCGCCUGCUAUGCUAUCAUCGUCAGGACAAUAUGGGUUAAAGGAGCCGUUUUUAUACCAACAGAACGAGCUCAUGGGUGCAUGAAUCCAGCUAGUCGAAGAGCCAGCUCUCGAGGGAUCAUACCACGUGCUAAAGUGAAAACUGUGAAAAUGACAAUUGUGAUAGUCAUAGUGUUCGUACUAUGUUGGUCACCUUACAUCAUUUUCGAUUUACUCCAAGUUUUCGGUCAAAUACCGCGGACGCAGACCAACAUUGCAAUAGCAACAUUCAUACAGAGCUUAGCUCCGCUCAAUUCGGCUGCCAACCCCUUAAUCUACUGUUUAUUUUCCACGCAAGUGUGUAGAGCAUUGAAGCGGAUACCGCCGUUCCGAUGGCUCCUGGAAACCUGCUGUUGCUGCUGCUGUAAAUCUCAACGGGGACGAAAUUCAACAGGUAAUCGGUGCACGGAUUCAGCAAGGAAUCGCCUGCAUAACAGCUAUGACUCCAUGCGAACACUAACCACUUCCUUGACGGUAUCACGUCGCUCCACGAACAAUUGUAUGCGUCCAGCGCGAGUGGUAAUCGUGGACAGGAAAAAUAUCCUGGCCAUGUCGGAGGUAUGAUAGUUGCUGAACUAACUUUGAUAGCCGUCAGGGUUACUUGCUAGACUAGCUAGCUAAAGGGGUGAAACGUGUAAGUGGAUGUGUGUAGAACGUACGUUUGUAGGUGUGCAGCAGAGGUAACAACUGCUUUAUUUUAUAGAAUGUAUUCCGUGUUGUGUUUAUUCAAGUGUAUAUACAAAUAUUUGGAUAGUUCGAGAAUAUUUACUGUACUUAAAUAUGGUUUUUACUAGACUUUUGUACGCUCAAUGUCACUUAUACGGUUUGUAUCUGAAACGAGUUAGCGUAAUCUUAAGAUUUAUAUACAUAAAUGUGCCAAAUAACUAUUCAAGUGCAAAGAACACAAUAUGUAGUCUAUGUAGGGAUGAAUCGGUUUUUGGAAAUUUGUAAUAUUUCGGGAUCAUUUUUAAAUAACCAACACCUGAUAUUUUUCUGUGUACCUCAAUAGAUAGGAUGGCUACUGGUUUAUUUUUGAUUUACAGAAUUCCUUCUACAUAAACGAAUGAGGUUACUUGUAUGUCCCAUAAUUACAGGUGGUGUAUGUAAUAUAGCAAAAGCGAUAUCACCACAAAGUGUAAUAUCACCCUGUCAUCACCGAAUGCAAUCCAAAUAUCACGACAUUACUUAGCAUUACCACAUCACUUAACCUCACAACAUCACCGCAUCACCACCCAGUAGAGAAUUGAUAAGUAAUGUCGGUGCCGAUAUGAUAUCACAUUACAAUAUCAUAUCACACUAUAAAUACACUAAGCAUCACCGAGUAAAAUAGGAAUGUAUCCUCCGAUACAUCGCACCGUUCUUUUUAGUACUAGUGACGGUGGCGCCUGUCGAGUGGCAAUGCCUACUACUGCUUCUGAAUCUGGUAGUGUUAUGGUUCCCUGUUCUCUCGUCUGGCUUUUGCCUGAAAAAUGAUUUGGAGUUUUGAUACAAUAACUUUUAAUUCUCAUGAUUCUUUGCAACCCCGAAUAAAGGAAAAGAAAAUAUAUAUUUUUCUUAUGCUUCUAAGUGGAAAGUAGUGCUCGUUCAAUAGUCAUGAUGCCAUCCUCGUUGUAUGUUAAUAAUGUAAAAUAUAGUAUAUGGGAUUUUGCUUUUUUCCACAGUUGCAUGAAAUUUUCAUACCCCAUUCAUACCUACUUGACGCUACCGUAUAUUUAAAAGCAUAAGCAGGCCAAAUAUAUCUCUAGCGAUAAGUGAUAUUUCAUAAUAUCGGCUGCCGGCAAUCUUGAUGAUAUAUCAUAUGUUCAAUUUUUUUUUUUUGUGGUUAGAGAGGUGAAAUACUUUUAUGCACCAAGUGCCGGACUCCUGUCUCAAACAUACUGCCGAUUAAAAUACACAUCAUUGCCUGUAGGACACUUACCCAGAACCAUUUGACACAUUAUAUCAAGCCAUGCCUAUCCAGCAUAGGAGCAUCUUUUUUUUCUUCAGCCUUUGUCCCGUCCACAAACGGGGUCAUCUAGUCGUGAUCGGUUUCGCAAU